AUGUGGCAGCGACUGAUGGAUACUUGGAUUGGAGCCCUGGUGUUUGUGGCGACCGCACAGUGCCUGAACACAGUCAGAGUUGGUAUCAUCCCUCCCUGGACUUCGGUGAUUGCCUCCGCCUUAGCGGGCAGCCAGUCUGAUGUGAACGUUUCUCUACACGAGAUCAAUACUGGAGCAGUGAGAUCCGCCUUUGAUAAAAUCGACAAAACUCACAAGAUAAUCUCCUCUCUUAACCUCAACGUUGUGAUUGGUCCUUUUGACCCUGAGGUCAGCCUAGCCACCGAAUCUCUGCGCAUACCUUACCUCUGUACCACACCUGCGGAGACGUCGCAGCGAUUUCAGUUCCUGGUUCAGGUUACCCCGGAAGGGACUCACGCUUCCAACGCCCUUCUGGAUGUAGCACGAGCCUAUGCCUGGACCAAAGUUAGCGUUUUCUACGAUGACGUCAGCGGUGUUCAGGUGUUGGAAAGGAUGAUGACCAACCACACAAUCGCAGUGCGGGCGUGGCGUCUGCCUAAGAAGGCCACCCUGAAGGAUGUUCGUGAUGCCCUUGUGGAAAUGAGAAAGGUCCUAGUGGAGAAAUGCGUGGUCCUGUGUAACAAGGACAAUGUCCAGCUUUUGCUGGAGGAG